AGCGAGAAGCGCUCACUUCCACUGCUCGGGUCGCUUGGCCAACAAGCGAAUGGUUAGAGCCCGCCAUGAAUCCCCUGCACAUGCACGCCAACUACCAAAAAUACCAAGAUGUCACACCGUUGAGAAAGAAAACCAUCAGUUCUAGCAUUAAUAGCAGUUCUCCGUUGUCUUCGCCAUCUAUCAAGUCCAACAUGCGUCGUGUUUUCGUCACGGGAGUCGGCAUGACCCCCUUUGCCAGACCAGGAGACAAGAAGAGAGACUAUCCGGUUCUGGCCCGCGAGGCGGUUACCGCGGCGCUGGCCGACGCGCGUCUACCGUACUCUGAGGUUCAACAAGCCGUCUGUGGUUACGUCUACGGAGAUUCGACGUGCGGUCAGAGGGCACUCUACGAGGUUGGACUAACCGGAAUUCCUAUCUACAAUGUAAACAAUAACUGUUCCACUGGAUCAACCGCACUGCUCCUGGCCAAGCAGCUGGUCGAGGGCGGACUCUCCGAAUGCGUGCUAGCCGUAGGUUUCGAAAAAAUGGACCGUGGUUCCCUCACGAGCAAGUUCCGAGAUCGCGCAAACCCUGUCGAGACUCACGCCAAGGUCUUGGCGGCGACUUACGGCAUUUCUCCGGCCCCGAUGGCGGCUCAGAUGUUCGGAGCAGCUGGGAUGGAGCACAUGGAGAAGUACGGCACCACAAAGGAACAGCUGGCUAAGAUCGCCGUCAAAAAUCACAAGCAUUCGGUCAAUAAUCCGAAUUCGCAGUUCCGUACCGAGCAUACCCUCCAGGAAGUGUUGGAGUCUCCGGAGGUUUUCGGUCCACUGACGAAACUCCAAUGCUGUCCGACUUCCGACGGAGCCGCAGCCGCGGUUCUCAUGAGCGAAGACAUGGUUAGACGGCUAGGUCUCCAGGACCAAGCGGUGGAGAUUAUCGCGAUGGAAAUGGCAACGGACCUGCCGUCGACAUUCGAGGGAAAGUCCUGCAUAAAAAUGGUCGGCUUCGACAUGACUAAAACGGCCGCCGAGCGUGCUUUCAGGAAGACCGGACUGACACCGAACGAUGUCCAAGUGAUCGAACUCCACGAUUGUUUCAGUGCCAAUGAGCUCAUCACGUACGAAGCUCUGGGCCUCUGUCCAAUCGGUAAAGCCGGUGAAUUCAUAGACAGAGGGGACAACACAUACGGCGGAAAAUUCGUUGUAAAUCCGAGUGGUGGUUUGAUUUCGAAAGGGCAUCCUCUCGGGGCAACUGGCUUAGCUCAAUGCUCUGAGCUGUGCUGGCAGCUCCGUGGCAAAGCCGGUAAUCGUCAAGUACCGGGGGCGAAAAUCGCGUUGCAACAAAACGUAGGUCUUGGCGGUGCCAGCGUCGUUGCCCUGUAUCGACUCGGCUUCCCGAAAUCGAAAUUGUAGAUGUUGAAGUCUGCCGAUCAGAUCGGGUGUUGUUUAUCUUUUUCCAUGCCUGGUUCGCUCUUUUAUUGAAUAUAUUAUUAUCUAUAUAUAUGAAUACGAGUCUACAUCGUUGAGAUGAGAAGAGGGAGAAAUUAUAAUUUUACGGACUUCUUGUCAGAUUCAAGGGUCCAUUGUAAGGAAACAGAUGAUGGAAGCGCUAAAGGCUCUUCCUCUAUCGAAAAUAAAUAUUUUCAUUAAAAAA